GUUUGUGUGUUUUUCUGAGUUCAUUAGUUCUUGCUGGAAGCGCUCUUUUGUUUAAAGUUAAGCAGAUCGUUUCAGGCUCUAGUGUUUGGAAAUAUCCGUGGACAUUCCUGGAGUACAACAUUAGGAAGUUUCCAAGAGGAUGCCAGCUCCAUUCAGCCCCGCCUCAGCCCACUGCUGCUUUCAGAUUGUACUUAAAACUUGGCUCUCACAUCUGCAUCUUUCCAACUCUUAACCGCCUUUCACAGCUCAAGGUACACUUCUGGAUUUUUGCCAGGCUGCUUGCACCAAACUACCAUACAACACAGUGUACACAUCACUGAACCCCAACCUCACUAUGAUUGCAUUAAGCACAUGGCAAUCUGACUUAAUCUCCUGUGUCUGAACUAAUGGAUUAAAAAGAGGGGAAGUGACUGAGGGAAUGCUUCUGAGGUCAUUUGAAUGCUACUCCUGCAUCACAUGGAUAAAUAAUGAGUGCCCUUGAACUCUAGCGUGGCGGAAACCAUGACUUUCCCUGGGGGCACUCGUAUGUCCAGGGACCAUUUCUUUCCCUCAGCAUAUUUCCUUGUGUUGGGAUUGCAUUUCGCCAUGCUUUUCCUCAGCACUAUGACACGUGCAUGUCCCAAGAGCUGUCUCUGCACUGAAAGGAGCGGCCUGGUGGCGGUUCAAUGUGCUUCCCGAAACCUGGAGGACAUCCCCUCAGACCUGCCCCAUGACACUGUGUCCCUGCUGCUCUCCUCCAAUCAUAUCACCAAGAUCCCCAGCCAGGCUUUCAAAGAGCUCCCUCGCCUGCAGGAGCUGGACCUGUCGCGGAAUGCCAUUGAGAGCGUGGAUGCAGGGGCCUUUCAAGGCAUCUCGGAAAGUCUUCGCAUCCUUGACUUGUCCCACAACCAUCUCCGUGGCGUGCCCAAAGAAGCCUUUGCUCGUCUCCAUGCUAAGAUCAGUCUGGCUAACAACCCAUGGCACUGCGAGUGCACCCUGCAGGAGGUGCUCCGAGAGCUCCAGCUUGACCCAGAGACUAUCAACGAGGUCAGCUGCCACACGUCCGUCCAGGAGGAGUACUCGGGCAAGCCCGUCAUCCAAGUGCUGGACUCUGGCAUCAACUUCUGCAACUUCCACCACAAGACCACCGACGUGGCCAUGUUCGUUACCAUGUUCGGUUGGUUCACCAUGGUUAUCGCUUACGUCAUCUAUUACGUGCGGCACAACCAGGAGGAUGCCCGCCGGCAUCUGGAGUACCUCAAGUCUCUGCCAAGCAGCUCCCAAAUUAGUAAAGACUUUGACACAAUCAGCACGGUUCUGUAGCACCUCUAGGACAGUGUUCCGGGCACGCUGGACGUCUCUAGCCAUGAAUGUAUUUGACCAAUCAGGCACAGUUACGAUGGCACAACAGCAAGCCUUAAAGCUCAUCACAUCUGCUGAGCAAGGAGCAUUCCUUCCUAAAUAAAUACCCAAUGCUAUUUUUUCAUUUGUUAUUAAGAGGCAGGUCAUUUUCAGAAUUUGUAGGUUCAUGUGCAUUUUUCAAAUUGCGGUCAAAUAUGCAUUCUCCGUGUUCCUAUUCAUUAUUUCAACCCAUUACUAAACACAUUAUCACUGUACUUCCAGCAGAUGCUGUUGUCAGUUUAUGCCAGCAUUGCUGCAUCUGAGAUACAAAAGCUCCACAGAAGCAAAUCCAUCCUUCCUGUGUUUCCCAGCAGGUGCUUAACUCCCUUCAUUUCCUGCAUUCAUUCAUCCGUUUCUGUGCUAAUGUAGUGCUGAUACAGGGGACAGGACUGAACUGGGGAUUGAUAGGCCUGUUUAUUUGCCUUGUCUCUAUUACGUUGCAACACAAAAGACUCAGGAGGAGCUACUCUAGCCGCGAAGAGAACCAUCACUGCCAAAUACUGUUCAUUUAAACUCUGCCUUGUUCUUUCUUUUUUUAGGCUGACUUUUAUCUGUCCAAGUGCCUACAUGAUGGUACUAUGAUACCUAAACACUGUGCUCUGGGCUUGCCUGUUCUCAGUCCCUUACAGUCCCUCUGCCAUUGUCAAGAGACCUUUAAUAUACAGUGUACUGUACAUUGUCAGUAUGGUGUCUGUGGCUCCUAAGAUGGGCUCAAUGAGACAUAAAAUUUGUUGUCUUUGUGUCACAGUGUUACUGUGUUUGGUUGUUCAAACAUGACUUGGAUGUAGCUCAGUUCAAAAGAAGUUAAACGUGUCAUUUCACCAUCUGCAAGUGAAGCAUACAGCAUAUGUUAUUUGACCUUAAAGGGCUCUUCUUGUAAAGUGUGUUUCGUUGGUAAAUGUCGCUUCCAUUGCCCAAGAGCUGUAUUCAUUUGCUCUUCACAGUGGCUGGGUUGUCCUCUGAAUUAUGUAUAUCAUAUCAGCAUUAGGAAAUAAAGGUUAGCAAAGGACAUUUUGGCUGUCUUGGUUUUUUGGACCCUUUAGGCACUAUGUCAAGCAGCUCAUGUGUGAUUCACUUGCUCUCAGACACAGUCCUUCCUUUCUAAUGAUUUUCAGCUUUUUACCAUGUGUAGACCUGCAUAGCAGAUAUUGCAAAAAGGUGCAAAACCAGUAACAGGCAGUUACUGCUCUGGGUUGAAUAUGCAUUUAAAAAUGAUGCAUUUGUUCCAGUCACGUGCAGAAAAUACCACUAAUGGAUUUAAUAUGCAUUUAACAGUGCUGCAUUUUGCAAUCUGUUUCUUGUGCUUACUGAACAUGAAGUUUGAUAAUAACACAUUUAUCUAUACCAGUUUCUGCAAUAACAGUUUUCAAUAGACACCACUUGCCAUACAUUUAUUUCUUACAAUGUGCAAUGCACAGAACUGAACUUGCUCAUCUGUCUCUUCUGGGAUCAGGUUUUCUAACAGCAGCUGAGAAAGUUGGCAUCGUAAUAAAUAAUGGAUUUUUAAUCUGAGAAAAGUAUUGCUGUACACCUUGCAGAAACAUUUUGUCAAUACUCGCCAAGGUUUCCACAGAGGUUUGCUCCACUGAGAAUGUGUCACGAUUGCCUUCUCAUCUCGCUGGCUUGUAUUCUGGCCAUUUUGGAGCUAUAUGGCUCAGAGAGAUCGAUAACAGGUUCAUUAUAGUGAUAUGUUUGGAUUGCUGCUCCAAACUUGAGCGCUGUUGUCUUAGCAAUGAAUGUCCUUUGUCGAUGCCGUGGAGCCAUAUCCAGUUCAGGUGUGACGGGAUGUUUAAGGAUACUUUUUAAUGCCACAUAGAACUUUAGUCUAAAGCAAGAUUUAAAAGAUGUUAAUGUUUGUGCUCAGUCGGUCAAACAAUGUCAGAUUUUUUUUAAACAUGCAGCCUGGAAUACCUGAACUAAUUAACUAAUUAUCUGUCAUUUACUUGUCAUGUACAGUAAUUAAUCAUAGCCAUUAUGUGGCCGCCUAGAAAUUCGUCAUGUCCUUCUUGACAGAUUUUCUACUGUAAUAAUAUGCUGGGUAGCAACCAAACAUGUAUAAAAUUGUAUAGAAUAUUUUUAUAGAUUUUAUUUGUGCUGUAUUGCAUGUGAAAAGAAUGUAAUGUGUGUUCAUUUUGGUGUUUAAUUUUAAGUUAGGUCAGUUAUUUGUCUUUUCAUUUUUGUUAAUAAUUGUAAUUUUUUUAUGUUUUGCUGUUU